CUGGGGAACUAUUUUAAGGUCGCACUUUCAAACAGAAGUGCGUACAGUGUUUGUGAGCAAAUCGUUUCUCUCUAAGCUAGCUCGUGGAGCAGAGCCGUAUUGUCGAAAUGAUUCCCAAAACGCAAGUUAUAGCUGUUAAGCGUUAUAGGAAAUAGCUAGAAGCACUUUUGCCGUGCGGUUUUUGUAUAGUAAAAUGUGAGAGAGCGCGAUGGACGUGGCGCACGUUCUCCGGGGGAUGAAAACGGGAGGUACGGCGGAGUCCUGCGGCUCCGCUUUCGGCCGCAUUCACGAGCGGCUCGAGCUGGAGGAAGCGCCGGGGGAGCGCGCGUUGAUCCUCGGGCAGACGGCGGAGCUGCUCUCGCUCGCUCCGCUCGACUGGCUCUUCCCUGAAGCGCUGAACGCGGACCUGCGAGGCCAGUAUCUGGGCUUGGUGAACGCACUCACUCGUUGCGCUGCCCUGCCGGUGUGCGACACGGACAGAGGCGCUUUGCCUGCCAAGAGUUACGAGGACAUACCGGCCAAAGCCCAGGCGGUCAGCGCCGUGUUACUGGCGCUGUGCGCGCAGAUCCAGAAGGCGCUGGAGCACCGGAACCGUCCGGAUGUCGGCUCUCUAGCUCGCACGCUAGCCCCCAGCGUCUGUAUAUUCAGCGUCGCGCACCUGCAGGAGCAGCCUUGGAGCAGCGAGGCGUCCAGGACCGGCGCUCGGGAGCUGCUCGCGUCGGCGGUGUCCCUGACGGGCAGCGGGUCGGUGCAGGAGCUGCUGUCCGGAGCACCCGACCGGGGCCGGACUGGACUCCUCAGGCCGGUCCUCGACGCGCUGCAGCCUGAAUUAACCAAGGAGCGCUGGAAGCGUAACCAGGCGGUGAAGCACGUGUUCUGCUGGAUGCUGGUGCAGGUUGAGCGGCCCUUUUUAACCGAAUAUCUGGAGAAGGUGUUCCCUCCGUCUCUGCUGAUAUCUGAUGAUUAUCGCACAGAAAACAAAGUACUGGGCGUGCACUGCCUGCAUCACAUCGUUCUCAAUGUGCCCGCUGCUGAUCUGAGGCAGUUCAACCGAGCUCAGGUGCUCUAUCACGCCCUCUUCAAUCACUUGCACACAUCUGAAGCUGCACUCAUACAGGUCGUGCUGCCCUGUCUUCUGGACUUGCUGUCGGUCCUUGAGAAACCUCCAGUGCACUCGGGCUUGCCGCGCAAACUGAACCACUUUGACUAUGUGCUCCGGCACAUCUUGACAUACAUGGAAAUGGAGCACAAGCUUGACCUCCGGCGUGUUUAUGCCGAAAAUCUCGUCUUGUUUAUUGAGAGGAUGGGUAUAGUAAUCGUUCGUCACCUCAAGAGGCUGGAGAGGGUGAUUGUGGGAUACCUGGAGGUCUCCGAUGCUCCGGAGGAGAAAGCCAGAUUAAGUAUCCUGGAUGCUCUUCAAAAAACUCUACAGAUUGCUUGGCCGCGUAUGGAGAAGAGAAUGGGUUCACUAGCUCAGAGUCUUCUGAGGUUUCUGGUUGACAUCUCGUCUGAGUCUUUACCCGCGCCGCUGAAAGAGCAGCUCAUGACCCAAGCCUCCCACUGUUUACUGCUUCUCGACCACUGCUCUAAGGGAAAGCUACAGACUCUCCUGAGAGAGCUUGACAGCAGCUGUGUGUCUGAAGCUGUGCUGAAGUGCAUCCAGACAGUCACCGCAGCUCCUCCGUAUCAAUAAACACUGCGAGGAGGUGCUAUCUAAGGGAACUAGCUUUUUUUGUUUUAUUUUUGUAAAAACCUAAAUUAUACAACCUUAAAGAGACUUGGAUUCGCAUGUUGUUAAAACAUGCCGUAAAACUGGGACUGUGUUAAUUGCUUUUUUUUUUUUUACUUUUAGUAAACAGUAUUUAUGGUAACAAUAAGUCAAAAAAUCCUUUUUGUUUCAACUGUCUUUACAUUCCAACGCUUUGAAACUGAGAUAAUUUCACCUAUGCAUACCUUUAAAAAUUAAAACAAAUACCUGUGGUUUCACUGAA